CUGGCAGGUCUCUCACUCUCACAGGUUUGCCUUGCACAUUGUCACGCUUGUGAGUCCCACCCAGCAUAGGACCUACCUGCCUGUUGCCACCAGACGGAGGAAAGGUUGGGCCCCCAGGUGGGGAGGUCAGACCCACAAGGCUCAGGUGCCCUCCCUACCCCCAAUGCCAGGUGGACACCCUGGCCCUGGCUCCUGACGCAGGCCCAGAGGCCGCCAAACCUCAUAGACAGGUCACUCCUAUUAAAAGUUAGUUCUCAACUCUGGUGCCUCCAUCUCAGGGAAGCCCUCCAUGUGACCCUCAGCUCAGAUAAUGGUACUGAGGGCAGGAGGCUUCUAGAGCAGGAAUGCAGGAUUUUCUACCAGCUUUGAGCAUCUGCAAGCCACCUGUCUAAUUUUGCCAGACCUAAUCAGUAUCCCCUGAGUGACUGCAGCCAUGCACCCAGAUGUGUGUGGGCCUGUGGCAGACAUGGAGGCGCUAACCAUCUGGGAGCAGCACACAGCCACGCUCUGCAAGGACCCCCGCCGAGGCUUCGGCAUUGCAAUCUCUGGAGGCCGAGACAGGCCCAGUGGAUCUGUGGUUGUGUCCGAUGUGGUACCUGGAGGGCCGGCUGAGGGCAGGCUGCGGACGGGAGACCAAAUUGUCAUGGUGAAUGGGGUCUCCAUGGAGAAUGUCACCUCCUCCGUUGCCAUUCAGAUACUCAAGACUUGCACCAAGAUGGCCAACAUUACAGUGAAGCGUCCCCGGAAGAUCCAGCUGCCUGCCACUAACACUAGCCCCUCCAGCCCAGGGCGCCAGGACUCAGAUGAGGAGGAUGGACCCCAGAGGCUGGAAGAUGUAGACCAUGGCCGGGGCUAUGAGGGUGACUCAUCCAGUGGCUCUGGCCACUCCUGGAGUGAGCGCUCCCGAAGGCCAAGGGCUGGCCGCCGGAGCCGGGCUGGCAGCCGCGAGCGCAGAAGCCCAGGCAGUGGCUCUGAGGCCAAUGGGCUGGCCCUGGUGUCUGGCUAUAAGCGGCUGCCGAGGCAGGAUGUGCUGAUGAAGCCAGUGAAGUCGGUGUUGGUGAGGAGAAGGGACAGUGAAGACUUUGGGGUCAAGUUAGGAAGUCAGAUCUUCAUCAAGCAUAUCACAGAUUCAGGCCUGGCUGCUCAGAACCGUGGGCUGCAAGAAGGAGACCUCAUCCUUCAGAUCAAUGGGGUAUCCAGUGAGAAUCUAUCCCUGAGUGACACCCGGCGACUGAUUGAGAAGUCAGAAGGGAAGCUGACCCUGUUGGUGUUGAGGGAUCAAGGGCAGUUCCUGGUGAACAUCCCACCUGCUGUCAGUGACAGUGACAGCUCCCUUCUGGAGGACAUCUCGGACAUAGGCUCACAGCUGUCACAGGCACCACCGUCCCACAUCCCACCACCACCCCGGCAUGGACAGCAGACCCCAGAGGCCAGCCAGACUGACUCCCCCGUAGAGAGCCCUCAGCCUCGAUGGGGAAGGUCACUGGAUUCUAGAACUGUGUCGGAACCAGAUUCACCCAGGGGAAGCAGCUAUGACAUCUCCAGGGUGCCCAGUGGUGAGAGCAUGGAGGAUCGUGGGUACAGCCCUGACACAAGGGUGGUCCGAUUCCCCAAGGGCACGAGCAUUGGGCUGCGUCUGGCCGGGGGCAAUGAUGUGGGCAUCUUCGUGUCGGGGGUGCAAGCGGGCAGCCCGGCUGAUGGACAGGGCAUCCAGGAGGGAGAUCAGAUCUUGCAGGCGAACGGCAUGCCCUUCCAGAGCCUGACGCGGGAGGAGGCUGUGCAGUUUCUGUUGGGGCUACCACCAGGAGAGGAAAUAGAACUCUUGACACAGCAGAAGCAGGACAUCUUCCGGAAAAUGGUGCAAUCUCGAGUGGGUGACUCCUUCUAUAUCCGCACACACUUUGAGCUGGAGCCCAGCCCGCCAUCUGGCCUGGGCUUUACCCGUGGCGACGUCUUUCAUGUGCUAGAUACACUGUACCCAGGGCCUGGGCAGAGCCAUGCUCGAGGAGGCCUCUGGCUGGCAGUGCGCAUGGGUCGUGACCUCCGAGAGCAAGAACGGGGUGUCAUUCCCAACCAGAGCAGGGCAGAGCAGCUAGCCAGUCUGGAGGCUGCGCAGCGGGCUGUAGGGGUUGUGCCAGCCUCCUCAGCAAGCUCCAGUGCUCGGGCCGAGUUCUGGAGGCUUCGAGGUCUUCGUCGAGGAGCCAAGAAGACCACCCAGAGGAGCCGUGAGGAUCUGUCAGCUCUGACCAAACAGGGUCACUACCCACCAUACGAACGAGUGGUGCUUCGAGAAGCCAGCUUCAAGCGCCCCGUGGUUAUCCUGGGACCUGUGGCAGACAUUGCUAUGCAGAAGUUGACUGCUGAGAUGCCUGACCAGUUUGAAAUUGCAGAGAGCAUGUCGAGGACUGGCAGCCCCUCAAAGAUCAUCAAACUGGACACUGUACGUGUGAUUGCAGAGAAAGACAAGCAUGCGCUCCUGGAUGUGACCCCAUCGGCAAUUGAGCGCCUCAACUAUGUGCAGUACUACCCCAUUGUGGUCUUCUUUGCUCCUGAGAGCCGGGCGGCACUCAAGGCACUGCGCCAGUGGUUAGCACCUGCCUCCCGCCGCAGUACCCGCCGCCUCCAUGCACAAGCCCAGAAGCUGCAGAAGCACAGUGGCCACCUCUUCACAGCCACUAUCCCCCUGCAUGGCACAAAUGACACCUGGUACCAGGAGCUCAAGGACAUCAUCCGAGAGCAACAGACCCGGCCCAUAUGGAUGGCUGAGGACCAGUUGGAUAGCUCCUCAGAGGAAAACUUGGACCUCCCGCACCGCGGCCUGGCCAACAGCGCCGCCGACCUCAGCUGCGACAGUCGGGCCAACAGCGAGUACGAGGAGACCGACGGUGAAGGUGGCAUCUACACAGAUGGAGAGGGCUACACAGAUGGUGAGGAUGGGCCCCACAUGGAUAUGGACGACAGGCCCUUGGUGGCAGCCCUGGCUCGGUCCUCAGAACCUGUGCAAGUGGAUGAGCCCCAGAGCCUGAGGGAUCAUGGGAGAAUAUCAACUCACCAGGGGACCCAGGUGGGCAGUUACCACCCCCAGGGUCAGUGGCGACAAGACAGCAUACGGAUAUACGAACAAGAAGCUCUGAAGAAAAAGUUUACACGAGCCCGAGAUGUGGAGUCUUCCGAUGAUGAUGGAUAUGACUGGGGCCCAGCCACUGAUCUGUGACCCCUUCCAAGCUGCCAGAUGGACCAUCUUCCCUCUUCCUGGAGCUGGGACCUGGUUACCCAUACAGAACCCUCAACUGUGUCUCCCUCUACCUGGUCUUUAAUAUAUUUUGAAGCACUGGCUUCUAAUGGCUUCCA